GGAAGACUUCAUUCUUUCAUUCCUGAUCACUCCACCUCGCAACGAGGUCGUGAUAUCAAUUCGCACGGCUCGCGUAUUUGACAAGAACGAAAUCAGUAAUUUAAAGCUUCGAAUGUUAAGGUUCGAACAUUAGAGUAUCGGUUCUGUCAAAUUUCGUCGACGCGCACAUUCAUGCCGCCCAGGCUCGACAGUUCCUCCGGGCUUGCAGGAUUGUACACGACCAAUUCCAGAGCGCCUGCCGUAAAUUGACAGAAGGAUCUUUGGAGUUCAUCACUUGCAUCACAGGUGGCUGUUCAGAGAGCUAGCUGCGUGAAGUUUGGAAUUGCUUCCAGUGUUUCGACAGGUUUUGAUGUGCACAGCGCAGUGUUCUACCGCUCCGCAGGUGCUCAGUGGAGGCUGGCAUUUUGCUAGAGCGAGCUCUUCGCAAGCUCUCUGAGUCCUGUAUCUCAGCCAUGUGGAGUGGUUGAUUAUCCUUGCCCGACUCACUACCAGGUCGUAGGUCACGGCAUUGCCGUGGUGGAUGCCUCUGGUUUUGGUUGACGUUAAAACCCCGUCCAACAGCUCGUGAGAGAAGCAACCUUAGAAGGAAACAAAGUUUGGGAAAAAGAUAGGCAGGAGAUGGCUCGACCUCGACCCAGAACUGCUUCUUACAAUAGUCGAUCAGAUUUUGCGAAUUCGCCAUCGUUAGGGAUAACUCCCUUGAGACCGUCCCCUGCACCGGCAACAAUAAUUCAGAACCUGGCCGCGUCGUUGAUCGGCUACCUACAGGAGGAUGUACGGUGCGCCUGUCAUAUACAGAAAAAUCUAUAUACUGGUGAUAGUCAAGGCAAAAUUCUCAAAUGGACUCCUGUGGAUGCAAGCAGGGUUACAUUCAUGGACGGUCUUGGAGCACCAGUGAAUGUGGUUGUGAGUGUUAAUGAAAACAAGGAUAUCUGGGCAGGACUUGCAAAUGGCAAUAUCACCAUCCUCAGCUUGGAGACACAAAGCAUAAAGAACCAAUUAAUUCAUGCCCAUGAUGCGGCUGUGAACUGCAUUGUUGCUGGAAUCCAGUGUGCCUGGUCUGGCGGGGAUGAUUUUUUGAUCAAGAAAUGGAACUUGGAGGGUGUUGAACUUUUCGCUUACAAUCAUCAUCAUGGUUUCAUCAAGGACCUGCUCAUUUUACGCAAAGAUCCUCUCGAAGUAAAGCUCUGGGGAGCCUCUAGUGAUACGAGCAUAUCUCUGACUGCUCUACAGGACAACAGUGUACAGCAUUCUUUGCUGUCUGAUGUGAAGAUGCUCAAUGGUCACUCCAAGGGAGUCCUGGCUCUCUGUCUGGUAGGUCCGGAUGCAAUAUGGAGCGGGUGUGAAGAUGGCUCGAUAUAUGUGUGGAGUUCCUUGGGAGUGCUGAAAAAACAGGUGCAAGCGCACAAAGGACCGGUUGGGAGCUUUGUAGUCAUGGGCGCCCACGUCUGGAGUGGCUCAGGAGACCACACGGUUCUUGUCUGGGAGGCCUCCUCCUGCCAGCUACUGUUCUCACUCGGCGACCAUGGCGGUUUCGUCAAGGCUAUGGUCCGGGUGGAGUACAUGUGCUGGGUCUUUGCUUCAGGGAGGAAUAUAAGGAUAUGGUGCGCACAAAGUGUUUGGGACACCUAUGAACAAGAAAAGGAUCGUCUAUCGAAAAUGAUGGAGAGACUCAAGGAGUCGUUGGAAAAAGCCGAUCGAGAAAAGCGAGCCCUUGAGGGUGCAUACAAGAAUUCAAACCAGGAACUACAACAAGCCCAGAAGCAGUUGAACGAUGAACGAAGCAGUGGAGCAUCUGCUGUCGACAACAAAAAUGCUGAGUUAGAGAAGCUGAAAAGUGAACUUGAACGGACGGGUAAAGAACUUGAAGCAGCCAAAGACAACGCCGUGAGGAACGCAGGCAAUCUGGACGAAGAGAUCAAACUUAUGCAGGAGAAGCUCAGUAAACUCAAGGCAGAGAAAGAAUCCGGGGAGAAGGAAGCGAGAUCCAAGAUUCAAGGCUUGGAGAAAGAUUUGGAACAAGCAAAUGAGAUGCAAACCAAUGCUCUACGCGAUGUAGCAGCUCUCAAUUCAAAAGUGAAGAAAGUUGAAGAUGACCUAGCAACUGCGCAGGGAGACCUGGAGAAGGCCCGUAAAAAGGAGAUGGAUCUGCUUUCGGAACAGAGCCUGGACAACCAAAAAGCUUCCGACUUAGAAAAUUCUCUGAAAGCCGGAAAUGACAGAAUACAAGCAUUAGAAAGUCAGUUGAGUCAGUUCAUGAAAGACAAGGAGGAGGCUGAAAGAGCAAGAGUUAGUUCACAAGCGGGCCACGUAGAAGAACUCGCAGAUUUGGAGCGGAAAAUAAAGCAGCUGCAAGAUGAUUUAGACAAAGCUCACGAAAAUGCAAACACUAAUCUUACAGCCAAGGAUGCUGAAAUACAAAAACUGCAAACUGACCUGAAAAAGAAGGGGAAAGAUUUGAAGAAGGCGCUAAAAGAUGCCGGAGACGAGAAAAAAAAGAGUGCACGGGAGUUGGAGGAACUCAAACAAACUAUUGAGCAGAUGAGGAAGCACCAAGAAGAUUCUUCCUCCGCUGAGGCAUCCACAAAUGAAAAGCUAGCGAGCCUUGCAUUAGAGCUCCAGGCCGCUCGUGAUGAACUUCAAAAGGCUCUGAGUGAGAGAGAUCAGAGCCUAGGACAACGAGACUCGGAAAUGCAAAAGAUGGGUGAGGACCAUGCAAAACGUAUCAACGAUUUUGAACAAGGCUUAAAGGAUCUACAAAUUGAGAAUGACAAACUCAGGGACUUGGCCAAGGAGAGUGAAAAGAGUGCGGGGGCUAGUCAAGAGGCUUUAAAAGACGAGCUCAACAAAACAAGAGCUCUUUUAGAUGAGGCCUUGAAAGACCGGGAUGAAGCAGUGAAGAAUGCUACUGGACUGACAGAGAAUCUCCAACAACUGGAAAAAAGCAUUGCGCAGCUUAAGGACGCGGCGACUGCAACUGACGCAUCGUCAGCGGCAUUAUGCAAGGAGAAAGAUGAUCUGCAAAAGAGUUUGAACGAUGCAGCUUCGGAGAUACAGAAACUCAAAGACGAGCUAUCAAAGCUAUCUCAAUCUGAAGCUAGUCAAGCUUCUGCUCUAGAAGAAAUGAAAAAGGCUGGCGAAAAAGCGCUGAACGAUAUUCGAGAUGCAGAGCAGAAGCGGGCAAGCUCGGAGAAAAGUCUCGAAGAUGAACAUAUGGCAAACUCAGAACAAGUGGCAAAGCUUUCGAAUGCUCUCAACAGUUUACAAGAGGAGAAAGCCAAGCUGGAAAGAUUGCUGAAUAAUGCUUCUGCUGAGAUUGAAAAACUGAAAGAGGGAAAAGCAUCCGAGGAAGAUGGCACUGCGCAUUUAAACCAGGAACUAAAUGAGCUAAAGAAAGACAAAGCAAAACUAGAAGACAAACUGGGACAAAAAGCAGCUGAGAUCGAAAAACUAAUUCAGGAACUGAAUCAGUUGAAGGAUGACAGUGCAAUGCAGGAGAAAAAACGGAUCAACUUGAACCAGGAUGUCAAGGAGCUUGAAGCUGAAAAGGGUCUGCUUGAAAGAAAGCUUUCUACUGCAUUACGUGAGGUCGAAGAUCUCAAAAAGAUGGAGGUUGAGAUGGAAAGACUUCGUUCCGAGAAUAGACAGAAGCAAGACGAACACAGGUUCUCGAAGGAAAGUGCUAUGGCCGCAGCUGCAGAUGCUGCGCGCAGAAUAGAAGAUUUGCAGAGUAAGAUACUGAGGUUGGAGAUGAAAUUGGAGGAUGCAAUCACCAGAUCACAAGCUAUGGCCUCUGCUGAUGACCCUGUUUGGGCACGAAUACGGGAGCUGGAGACUGCCCUAAUGCAGGCCCAUAUGGAUUAUCGCCUACUGAAUCAAGAAGUCAGGCAUAUGCGUGAGAGGAGAGGACGGCAAAGGAAUUAUCAGGCUGCUACAGCUGGAGUGCGAGCUCCUGGCCAUGGAGAUGGACUGGAUAUGGCAUUGAAACUGAUGCAGCCAGGAUUUUGCAUCGACUACACCAACAUGAAAGUAUCCACCGUUGACAAUAACGCGAGAGAAGGGAACCAGCGGAGGAUUGUGAAAACUGUUGAGGUGCAUGCGCAGACUUCAAUUCCAGGAACUCCUCAAAGAAUCAUACCUAUUCGUGCCCCAAUACCACAUCCGGAGACUCCUCAGAGAAUCAUAUCAGUUCGUGUUCCUUCACCAGGUCCAGAAAUGAUUGAACCAGUGAUAACUCCAAGACCUCAUUCGAAGGAAAAAGAAAGAUUCUUUCCAAGCCAUGGACCUAUGAGAGUUCGAAGAGGUCUCAGUCCGUAGUCAGCUUCCUGCAGAUACAGCAGUGGUGGAGGAAAUCGGCAGAGUCACCUCGGAAAGGAUCGUGAGCAGAAUUCUUGAUGCGGAUGGACAUCGUCCACUUUUUGUGCAGACGGAUCCGAAGAACAUCCCAAGAACGGUAGUCGGAACUCGUCGGCAGUUCAUAUUCAGAAUGCGAUUAAAAAUGUCCGAGUGAAAAUCCAAAGUUGCCUUUAGGCCGAGAUGAAGGUGUUGUCUUUUUUAAAACCAUGUGCAGUCACACUAUAUGCAACGCUAAUAACCAAUUUGGCUAAGAUGUGAACCUGCAAGUGUUAGGAAGUACUUUUUCCAACAUCAAUCUUCAUGUAAAUCUUAUGAAUACAAGCUUGAAUGAAUUGCUUUAUACUCCAGAACACAUUGGUGACAAAAGGUCACCGAAAGAGCCAGAGCACGUCAUUAGAAAGAUAAUAGCAAGUCUUGUUCAUCAUACUGAUAGAGAGGAGUCUAGGCAGAAGAGUAAUGCUUUCAAGAAAGUACUGUUUCCAUCAACUCUACCAAAGAAGAAAAAAAGGUAUUAUUGAAGUGACACUUGUAAGGUGCCACCCUAAAUAAAAGGUGCCAAUACCUCAAGGUAAAGACAAAAACCGCAGAAGAGUGGAGCAUUGUAACCACUUACAUCGGACUUCGACUACAUAUCAUUGGAUGUUACAAAAACUUAAAAC